GUUAUGUCCUUAUAUAAUCCCAUCAGAACUUCUCCCUCUCUCACUAUAUCCAUCUUUUCUCUCUAGUUUCUCAAAUCUCAUCACUUAUUUUUCUCUUCUUCAAGAAGACUGGAAGAACAGAGGAAGACCAAAAGGCUUCUAAGCCAUGUCUUUUCAAGACUAUGCUCUUAACUCUGUUCAAAAUAACAACUUUUUCAGUACUAAAACAGCAAUAUUUCCUUGUUUCCGUAAGAUAUCAAGAUCUCUUUUCAGUGUGUCGAAAAGCAAACCCAGAGGCUGCUCCAUAUCUUGUUCAAAGGUUUCAAUUCAAGAAUCCAAGAAUUCUCAGGAAACUCAACAUGAUCUAUCUCUUAUCCAGUGGCAACAUCUUCAAGGAGAAGAUGCGCCUCAGAUUGGUAUUGGAAGUAGUAAUAUUGCAAUCGAAGAAGCAGUGAAGAGAGUGAAAUCGAUAUUGAAAAACAUAAGUGACGGUGAAAUUACAAUAUCAGCUUAUGACACAGCCUGGGUUGCAUUGAUAGACGCCGGAGAUAAAACUCCAGCGUUUCCCUCCGCCGUGAAAUGGAUCGUUGAUAAUCAACUCUCCGAUGGAUCUUGGGGUGAUGCACAUCUCUUCUCUUAUCAUGAUCGUCUCAUCAACACACUUGCAUGCGUCGUUGCUCUAAGAUCAUGGAAUCUCUUUCCUCAUCAAAGCCAGAAAGGAAUCACGUUUUUCCAAGAAAAUAUUGAAAAGUUAGAAGAAGAAAACAAUGAGCAUAUGCCAAUUGGAUUCGAAGUAGCAUUUCCUUCUUUACUUGAAAUAGCUCGAGGGAAAAACAUUGAUGUACCGUACGAUGCUCCGGUCUUGAAAGAUAUAUACGCCAAGAAAGAGCUAAAGCUAACAAGGAUACCAAAAGAGAUAAUGCACAAGAUAGCAACAGCAUUGCUGCAUAGUUUGGAAGGCAUGCGUGAUUUAGAUUGGGAAAAACUUUUGAAACUUCAAUGUCAAGACGGAUCAUUCCUCUUCUCUCCUUCCUCUACCGCUUUCGCAUUCAUGCAGACCCGAGACAAUAAGUGUCUCAAGUAUUUGCGCAAUGCCGUUGAACGUUUCAAUGGUGGAGUUCCCAGUGUCUUUCCUGCGGAUCUUUUCGAACGCAUUUGGAUCGUGGAUAGGCUACACCGGUUAGGGAUAUCCAGAUACUUUGAAGAAGAGAUUAAAGAGUGUCUUGACUAUGUUCACAGAUAUUGGACAGACAAAGGCAUAUGUUGGGCUAGAUGUUCCCAUGUCCAAGACAUAGACGACACAGCGAUGGCAUUUAGGCUAUUAAGACUUCACGGAUACCAAGUUUCAGCGGAUGUAUUCAAGAACUUUGAGAAAGAAGGAGAGUUUUUUUGCUUUGCGGGGCAAUCAAACCAAGCGUUGACCGGUAUGUUCAAUUUAUACCGGGCAUCGCAAUUGGCGUUUCCAAAGGAAGAGAUAUUGAAAAACGCCAAAGAGUUCUCUUCCAAGUAUCUGAAACAUAAACAAGAUAAAGACGAGUUGAUUGAUAAAUGGAUUAUAAUGAAAGACUUACCUGGCGAGAUUGGGUUUGCGUUAGAGAUUCCAUGGUACGCAAGCUUGCCUCGAGUGGAGACGAGAUUCUAUGUUGAGCAAUAUGGUGGAGAAAACGACGUCUGGAUUGGCAAGACCCUUUAUAGGAUGCCAUAUGUGAAUAAUAAUGAAUAUCUGGAAUUAGCAAAACAAGACUACAACAGUUGCCAAGCUCUGCAUCAACUCGAAUGGGACACCUUCCAAAAAUGGUAUGAAGAAAGUAGGUUACAUGAGUGUGGUGUGUGCAGAAACGGGCUCCUCGAGUGCUUUUACCUAGCGGCUGCGACUAUCUUUGAAGAAGAUAGAUCAGAUGAGAGAAUGGCUUGGGCCAAAUCAAGUGUAUUGGUGAAAGCCAUUUCUUCUUCUUUUGGAGAAUCCUCUGAUUCAAGAGUGAGCUUAUUCGAUCAGUUUCACAAUGCUCGACGAAGUGAUCAUCACUUCAAUGACAGGAGCAUGAUAUUGGACCGGCCAGGAUUGGUUCAGCCGAGUCUGCUUGUCGGAAUCUUAAUCAGAACUUUGAAUCAAAUAUCCUUCGACCUCUUCGUGUCUGAUGGGCGUGACGUUAAAAAUCUCAUCUAUCAGUUGUGGGAAGAUUGGCUGGAGAAAUGGAAAUUAGUUGGAGAAGGAGGAGAAGGAGAGCUCAUGUUGAAGAUGAUACUUUCAAUGAAGCACAAUGACCUAACUAGCUUAUUCUCUCAUCCUAACUUUGUUCGUCUCUCAGAAAUCAUCAACCGAAUCUAUCUUAUUUCCCAAUAUUCAAAGGCAAGUAGAAACGUUGAGAAGGAGAAAAUAAAAAUAAUGGAGAAUGAGAUGGAGCAAAUGGUUGAGUUAGUACUGUCAGAGAUUGACACACUCCGUGAUGUCAGCAUCACCUUUCUUGAUGUAGCAAAGGCUUUUUACUAUUAUUAUUCAUGUGGUGAUCAUCUCCAAAGUCACAUCGUCAAAGUCUUAUUUCAAAAAGUCUUAUAGCCUCAUCAAUGAUGUGUUUUAAUUAAGUAAUUAAUGUAUCAUAAAAGAUUCAUAAAUCUAUGGAUGCUUGUAUAUGGAUAGCCUCAUCAAUGAUAGUGUCAUCUCCUAUCAUGGCUGCAGACCUCGCCAAUAGAGAAACUAUAAGAGCAUCAUUAUCCCUAAAACUCAUAAGAGUUUUUUAAAUAUUUUUCUUGAUCUAAUUUAAAGAAAAAAAUUAAAAAGUGAACCAAACGUGGACUGCCACGUGUCGAUGGGGCCUGCGAACAGUUAAAAAACUCAUGAUUACCGUUUAUUCUUUGGUGACUUUUAGAAUCGAUUAUUCACACUUUUGUGGAACCCAAGCCACUAAAAACUUUCUUGUUACAUGCGAUAAAGGUGGCCUAACACACGUAAUCUCACUCACAUCUGGCUCCGAUCAGAUUCCCAAGAGCUCAGAGCAAUCACAUCAAGACGUCGACCGGUGGAACUCCAUGGAGUAUUUUCGGACAUCGAUCUUCUAGUUCAUUCCUAGUCUUCUCCGUUCUCCUUUUGUCGUGUUUCUUUUAUUUUCAGAAAUUUAAAUGGACCAGUAGAUCUUAUUGGUAAAGCAUCCUUGCUUCCUGUAAUGAACUAAGUCCUAUUUAAUUUCUAAUAGUAUUUGGGGUUAAAAAAUAAUAUUUCAUUUGUUUUUAUUUUUAUGUAUCUUUAAUUAAAGAUGCAGGGUAUACAUGAAUGGCCAUAAUCUAGGGGUGAUUUUGCAGAAGAAACAUAGGAGUGAUGGAUAUGGGGUUUAGCAUAAUAAGAGCCAGGGACUCAUGUAGAUGUCAUGUCAAAACGACGUCUCACUUUUCUAGAGAUCACUUUGAUUUUUUUUCGGUGUGAUUUUGUUUGUCGUGACUUGCAUGCAUGCCUUUGAAAAGUUAUUUUGGUGUGGCAGAGAGAUAAGCUCCACUUUAAAACACAUGAUCUUGAUGACUAGGUUUUGUACUCUUUUCUUUGGAUACCAAACACCCCAGACCCAACUUAUUAAGAUAUUAUCAUACUAUCAUACUAUCGUAUCUAUUUAGAUUCUCCUUGUAUAAACGUAUAUAGACGACGAUGAAAUGAAAUGAUGGUAUACUGGUUAUUCCCUUUAUUUUCAUUUAUUCAAAUACGUGGUUGAAUUUUAAUCUAUAUCCAGUCAGGAUGAAAGAGGUGAUCACUCAGUUAUUCUAGAAAAUGAAAAUAUUAUCUGCGUGUUUAUCUUAUUUUCACCAUUUUUUUUUAUUCUACAAAUAUGGAAGGAGUAAACUAGAAUAACUUAAUAGAUAAAAUAUUAUUUCCUUUUUAUAUUUUUUCAUUUUCAUAUUUACUCUAUUUUACUCUACCUAUGCUACCAAUCAAAUCCAAUGUUUUUGUAGCAUUGUUUAAUAUGAGAGAUCGAACAAACAAAAAAAAACAUAAAUCUAAAAUUUUAUGAACCAUUUGUGAUAACUGCUAAAUAAAAAUUCAUAUCAAGCGAAAUACUUGACAUUGCGAUAAAUAUGUUUGGUUUAAACUGAAAAUUGUUGGACAGUUGCUCUCUAAUGAGAUAUUCAGCCCGUUCACAGCGAAAUCAUGUCGCAGGUUGGAUCAAUAACAGGUUCAGGCUUAGUAGACCUUGUGACCACCAUCCCAAACUUAACCUCUCUAACGCUCAUAGGUUUUGGAGUAGAUGAUGCAACAGCCCAUGUUCUUAUCGAGGGUUCUCAUAAACUGAAAUACAUGAAUCUGUCUAGAACAUCCCUAACCAAGGGCCACUUUUUGAGGUUCAUAUUUUGCCUUAAAACAAAACGAUUUGUGAAGUCAGAAAAUAUGUAAUGGCUGAAAACAAUUCUUUUGAUGUUAGGGACUUGGGACAGAGCAUCAAAGACAGUCCACUCGAGACUAUAAUAUUGCGAGAUUGCACUUCUCUAAAGGAGAAAGAAGUUUUGCAGUUUCUGAACUCGCUACUCACAGGAAAAUUGAGAUUCAUACAAAACAUUGACGUUUCAAAUACCCAUGGCUUAGUUUGUGAGGGUAGCAAAAGAUCUGACAAACCAAAGUAACUUUGUUAUUUAUUUGUAUACUUUUCAUUUUUAUAUGUCAUUACAAUUGUUAUUCGUUUGUGUGUGUGUUCUUUUAAUAGCUUUCCUCUGGAGAAGCUGAAAGACGAAAGACCAAAUGUCAAACUUGUGGCAGAAUUUACCUCUUCAUUAUCAUGGUUCCUUUUGUUUGGUUAUAUAAAUAAAACAGAAGUAAUUGAAUUAACAAAUGAAUGUGUAUUUGUUAAAUUCAGCUCAGAAAGACUUUUGCGCGGCAUAUCUUAUGCCAGCAGUGAUGAUGAGGAUGCAUGGAUUGUGAACGAUGAUGAGAUGGAAGACUUUAUUGUGGAUCAAGAAGAUUUUUGUCAUUCAUUAGAUUAGUUUGUUGUUAAUAAUUAGCAUACAAUGGUUAAUUGAUAUUAGCAUCAAGUUUUAGACUGCUUACAACCAAACAGUAUGGCUUUAAGUAGCAGGAAAACAGCGUCUGUAAUUUGCUGUUUCAAGUAUGAUUUGGUUGUCAAACUAUAAAUUCGACUACCAUAUAACUUUAACUAGUUAUAUCA